AUGGCGACAAGCACCGGCGUGCCGCAGUUCGCGACACUGGCACUUGGAGUCAACAUCCUUUUCGGGAUCAGGGUUCUUUGCUUAGUCUUCUCGCAUAGGCAGGUUAUCCAAGGCAAAGUUGAGGAAACCGCACACGCCGUUUGGACAUGCAUGCGUCAACCACGACUUUCCAGCAGAAGCACGGAGGAAACGGCCCGGGUGGAAGCUGUUCGACAGCAGCGUUUGGGGAUGGCACCCUACUACAUGAUCGCCUGUGUGGUGGUGUCGCAGUUUAUUUUGGUAGCUGCACGUUUCAGUGCAUUGGAGCACGGCUGGCUGCUGGCUGGUGCCUACUGGACAACCCUUGCGCUGUGUUUGGUCAACCUAGCCUAUUUGUUUUUCCCAAGGGUUCUGUGUACAUCCACAAUGGAUGCAUUUUACGUCCUACACAUGGCCUUUUGCGCCAUUUACCUGUCACCUUUGUGCGUGACACCUGCGCAGACCCUGAAUGCAUCUUUUGCAUUGCUCGGUUGUAUACGACUCCCUGCAGUUCUGCUAGCAUCCAGGACGUAUCUUGUAGUCGUCUGCAACCUUGGCAUCACCGUCCUCAUGUUUGUGAGCACCAGUGCACCUCCUGCUGGAGCACCUUCGGCAAGAGGUCAGAGGCGUAGGAAAGCCCACGGGGCUUUUCCAGAAUGCGACAUUUUCGAUUCAGCCUACACGAUUCUCUGCGGUGAGGUGCUUAGUUUUGGACUGGCAGUUGGCAUGGCAUUUCUCUUGCACGGCCUUUUGCAUCAAAAGGUGCGUCAUGAAGCACGGUACAAGAGCAUCACAACCCAACUCGGAGCAGUUUCCUCUUUGCUGCGCCUGACAUGCGAUGCGCUUGUUGAGCUCGACUCAGAUCUUUGCAUUACAGAGAACUCUCCGCAGCUGGCAGCCAUGCUACUCAGAGAUCGGCCUGGCUCCGUGCAAGGCUUGAAAUUCACCGACCUCAUGCCAACGAGCCAUGAGGCGGUACGUGCCUAUGAGAUCUUGGCAGGGACUGCGAGCGGUACAGAGGUCUCCGCGGUCUCGGAAGAUGAAAGUAUUCUUGCAAAUGUCUUCCACACUCGCCUCAUGGAUAGCUGCUCAAGCAAGUUCCGGACGGAGGUGUUCCGGGUUACAUACAGGCAAGCAGACGGCGCAGUCCAUCAUCUGCUUGGUUUGCGAGACUUCACUGACCAGGGGUCUCUGGCGGGGCCGAAAGCUUUCGAUACCAUGGACACUUCACACGCAACCGACUCCACAGCUGAGGGGUUCCCGGAUUCUGUUGCUUCGCCUACCUGGCAGGAAGCGGAGAGGGAUGAUGCCAGAAGCUUCAGUGAUUCAGAAUCUGGACAUCGAACAGUGUCCAGCCUGGCAGCGUCUACCAGGUCCACAGAUGACCUUGUCGUUCUGCUUAUCGACAUGGCCGAACUGCAUGUGAUGGCCGCAUCGCCCACCGUGGCACAUCUUGCUGGAGUGCAGUUGGGAAGCUUGUUUGCGCCAAAAGGGCUCCACAUGCUAAUGCAUGUCUUCCAUGGAGCUUCAGAAGACACAGGCAACAACAUCAUCCUGUUCUUUCGCCGGAUUAAAAUCUACUGCGGAAGCAAUCAGCAUUCAAGAAUUUCAGGUCGUGUGGAGGUGGCAAAGACGCAAGCUGGAAAGCUCCACCUGCUGUUGUUUUUCAGGCCAAACCGCUUGAUCCUUCGCAGCACAUCGAAUCGAGUGGGCGACGAAACUUCCGUGGGCAACCCCCAAUCUCCCACCACCGGCACGGUGUCCUUAAGUGUUUUGGGCCGCUCCUAUGGACGCAGCCUUCAUGCUCUGUAG